AUGUUGAUACAACCUUAUUUUAUCAUGUUUGUGAUAAAUAAUUUGUAAAUAUAUAUUUUAAUGUUGAGUAAAUAGAACCAUGGUCACCAAUAGUCACCAAUCUCUAAUUAUAGAGUAUGGUGUGCCUUACCCUGAUUGCCAAGAAUGCUAGACGGAGAUUAUGAGAGGUAUUCUAGGAGUCAGCAAGAAAAGUCACUGAAUGAUGAUGGUUUAUUGACUAAAAAAUGAUUAAUUAGAUGAGAUUUGAUAAGGGUACGGAUUUUCUAGUUGACUAUACUAUUAAAAGUUGUAGUUCAUUUGUUGAACCUUUCUCCAAACUUAGGAUGCAAUAAUACUAAAUUUUUUACUAGGGAGAUGGAAAGUUAUGGUUACACUAGCCUCUCUCAAGCUUUUGCUUGAUUUCCAUCUUAUGUUCAUAAACAUAUUUAUUUUAGUGAGUGAGGAAAACCCUAUAAACCAAGCUUCAAGCUUCCCAAUCAUUCUGCUCUUUUUGAAGUUCAAGCUCAUUUCUUCAGCAUUUUUGAAAACUCUAUUGGAGUAUGCACAUUGAAACUAUGGCAGACAAUUUGUAAAAAGCAAGCAAGCAAGUUUGUUGAAGACUUUGGUGAGGGAAUAGGGCACCAUGAGCACCUUAGAGAGCUAACUUGUGGAUUGUUUUACUCUCCUCUGAGCACUCUUGUUAGGCUUGGGGUUUAAUCUGAGUUGACGAAACUUUAUGUAAAUACAUUUUUUAAUUUAUUUAAUUGGUUAUUUUCUUCAUGAGAUUUUGAUUUUGGUGCAUAACCUUCUCCCCCCUUUUAAUCUUGGUUAUUAUGUUGCAACCAUCCUUUCAGCCCAUUUUUAUAAAAAAGUUAAACAUAUUUUUAAUUUUUUUAAAAUUAAGGGCAAAAUAUUGACAAAGAACUGAGUGGAUUGAAUGGCAAUCUUAAGAAUUUUUAUAUUUUUAGAGAAAAUUCUCUCGGUACAGAAUUUCUAAGAAAAUAGUUUAGUCCUAGCGUUGAGCGGUAUUUUUACAAAUAUUUAAAUAUGAAGGUGUAAAUGGAAAUAUACCUUAAUGAGAGUCUUCACCUUGUUCCAAUUCCUUAGAGAUGGUACUACCAGGUUUGUGAAGCCGCAGGACUCAGAGUUUGA